AUGAACCAGGAGUCAUCCCGUUCUCAUUCCAUUUUCGUAAUCACAAUCUCGCAGAAACAUGUGGAGACGGGGUCAUCAAAGAGCGGCCAGCUAUUCUUGGUCGAUCUAGCUGGUAGCGAAAAGGUCGGCAAGACCGGCGCCAGUGGUCAGACGCUGGAGGAGGCCAAGAAGAUCAACAAGAGUUUGAGCGCGUUGGGCAUGGUCAUCAACGCCUUGACCGAUGGCAAAUCAUCCUACGUCCCUUACCGAGACUCCAAGCUGACUCGUAUCCUGCAAGAGUCCCUCGGUGGUAACAGUCGAACGACGCUCAUCAUCAAUUGUUCUCCUAGCAGUUACAACGACAUGGAAACUCUUAGCACUCUUCGUUUUGGUAUGAGAGCGAAAGCUAUCAAGAACAAGGCCAAGGUCAACGCCGAACUCAGUCCUGCGGAGCUCAAGGCACUCCUACGAAAAGCCCAGACCCAGGUCACGACAUUCGAAAACUACAUCUCCAGUCUCGAGGGCGAAGUGCAAUUGUGGCGCGCCGGCGAGAGCGUCCCAAGGAUCGGUGGGUUGGUGGCGGAGACGCGAGCAGAGACCCCCAGCCUGGAGCGAUCCUCCACCCCGGGCAUCCCGCUGGACAAGGACGAACGCGAAGAAUUCUUGCGCCGCGAAAACGAGCUGCAAGAUCAACUAGCCGAGAAGGAGUCCCAAGUUACGAAUGCUGAGAGGCAGCUCAAGGAGACUAGAGAAGAGAUGACGUACUUGAAAGAGCACGACAGCAAGAUUGGCAAGGAGAAUGAGCGACUUACCACUGACGUGAACGAGUUCAAGAUGCAGUUCGAGCGCCUGACCUUUGAGGGCAAGGAGGCUCAGAUCUCCAUGGAUGCCUUGAGGGAGCAGAAUGCUGAGCUCACGGGCGAACUCGACGAGGUCAAGCAACAGCUUCUCGACGUCAAGAUGAGCGUAAAGGAGUCUAGUGCCGUUCUCGACGAGAAGGAAAAGCGGAAGGCGGAGAAGAUGGCCAAGAUGAUGGCCGGCUUCGAUCUAGGCUCUGAUGUCUUCACACUACCGGCGAUCCCAUCCCCCGAAGAAUUUGCGGACAUCCGUCAACGACUAGUAGAAACCCAGGGCAUCGUUCGACAGGCUGAGCUGUCGACCUUUGGCACCGCCCCCAACGCUGCCGAGGCUCGCAGGAGACAAGAGCUCGAAGAGCGGCUCCAGAUUCUCCAGAGCGAGUAUGAGGAGCUUCUAGAGCGGAACCUCGGCGAGGCCGACACGGAGGAGAUCAAGGCCCGCCUAGAGACAGCUUACUCGAACAAGCAGGAGCUCCAGACCAAGCUCGUCGACGACCUCAAGGUCGAGGUAGCAGAGAAGACCGCCGAGAUUGAGCGUAUGGGUACACUCGUCGAAGACCUACAAAAGCGCGUCGCGUCGGGCAGCUCCACUGCCAUGCCCAAUGGAAAGACGGUGCAGCAACAGAUGGCCGAAUUCGACGCCAUGAAGAAGAACCUCAUGCGCGACCUGCAGAACCGCUGCGAGCGCGUGGUGGAGCUUGAGAUCUCCCUCGACGAAACCAGGGAGCAGUACAACAAUGUCCUGCGUUCGUCCAAUAGCCGCGCUCAGCAGAAGAAGAUGGCGUUCCUCGAGAGGAACCUCGAGCAGCUCACCCAAGUACAGCGCCAGCUUGUGGAGCAAAACUCGGCCCUGAAGAAAGAGGUUGCCAUUGCGGAGAGGAAGCUCAUCGCCCGUAACGAGCGUAUCCAGAGCCUCGAAGGUCUGCUGCAAGACAGCCAGGAGAAGAUGGCAGCCGCUAGCCAAAGAUUCGAGGUGCAGCUCGCCGCCGUCAAGGAGAGGCUCGAAGCCGCCAAGGCCGGUAGCACGCGAGGCCUCAAUUCCCUACCGGAGGUAUUGGCGGCUUCAGCUUUGCCAAUGCGGGCAGUGCCCGUCACGGACGUCGACUACCGUUUCCAAUGCGCCCGCCGCGAGGAGGAGAAGCAUUUCAAGAAGCACUAG